AUGGCAGCAUUCGAGUUGGUGAUGAACUUAUAUGGACAGUCUGGUCCAAUUAUGGCUAAAUUAUUCGUAACCACUCUUGCAGGUAAAGCGCAGGAAUGGUUCACUAGCCUCCCAAGUGGAAGCAUAGAAACUUACGAGCAAUUGACGCAAAAAUUCAGCUUUCAUUUUGCGAGCAAGAGGAAGCAAAAAAGGUCAGCUACUCAUUUAUUUACCAUCCGUCAAGGAGAGAGCGAGCCGCUUAAGAAAUUUAUGGGUACAUUUAACAAUGAAACGCUGGAGGUCCAAGACCUGAGAAUAGACAUGAUGGUAAGCAUAUUGAUUCAUGGAUUAAAGAAAGGACCAUUAGCGUCGGCGUUAGCGCGCAACCCGCCCACAGAUGUAGAGCAGUUGAUGGCUAUGGCACAAAAAUACAUAGAUGAAGAGGAAAUGAAUGCGAUGAAAGACGGGGAAUGGAGAACCAGACUCCAAGAUCGAGGUUUUUCAAGAACGAGGGAGCGCAAAGAGGGCGGUAGUAGUAAACCAGAUAAAGGGAAGGAACCACUUUAUAAGCCGAAGUUCCACAAUUACACUCCGCUGGGAAUGACUCGAUCUAAAGCAUUAAUGUUGGUGGAGAACGCGGAUGUGUUAAAGUGGCCUCGUCAUACCAGUUAUACACCUUCUAAAAAAUUCUCUAACAAGUAUUGCAGGUUUUAUUGGGAGAAAGGUCACGACACGGAAGAUUGUUUCCAAUUGAAGGAUGAAAUCGAAAGGCUGGUCAGGCAGGGAUACUUCAGGGAUUAUGUUACAAAUGAAAGCAAGGCCAAGCAUAAUGAGCAAAGGAGCCGGUCAAGGAGUAGGGAUCGCUAUCCAAAUAACCCGCGAACAGAUGCGCUCGCUAACAGGGAUAAUGCCCCUGUGAAAGGAGUAAUAAAUACGAUAGCCGGGGGACCAAGUGCAAGGGAUUCCAAAAGGAAGAGAAAGCAAUGCGAGAGAGCAAGUUACUCGGGUCGAGGUCGCGAGUUUGUCCUGAAUGUGUGCGAGGAGGAAGAGAUAUCAUUCAACAGCAAGGAUAGGCCCCAUGAGGUGGAUCAGCAGAAUGACCCUAUGGUCAUAAAAAAUGGAUGUCGCAAAUUUCACAGUACAUAA